CCGAAAGAGCAAUUUUUGGUCGAGAAGGAUUUUUUUGAAGGGGGAGAGGGGUCGUGUGUUCCCUUUCCUUUUCCCAUCAAUGCUUCUGCCUUCUUCUUCUUCCUCCUCCCUCCUUGCGACCCUUCCUUUUCCCCUCUUCUCCUUCUCCAACCGUUUCUAGGGUUCGCUUUUCUAUUUCGCUCUCUCUCCUUAAUCAACCUCUCUCUCGCUCUCAAUCUCCCACCCCGAUCGCCACCGCUUUUCUUUUCCGCAUUUCGAAUCCGUUUCGUUCCGCAAAUACUUCCUCCCUUUGCGGCGAUUGAUUUCUCUCAUCCACCUCCGUACCUAUCAAUUUCAAUUAGCGUCUGCCACUAUUUGACGUACGAGUGCAGAUUCCUCUGGUUUUGUUUGGCAUCAUGUCGAUGAGUGAGCGGAAGACUAUCGACCUCGAACAGGGAUGGGAUUUCAUGCAGAAGGGCAUCACCAAACUCAAGAACAUCCUGGAAGGCCUGCCCGAGACUCAAUUCAGCUCUGAGGACUACAUGAUGCUUUAUACGACCAUUUACAAUAUGUGUACUCAGAAGCCUCCUCAUGACUACUCCCAACAACUUUAUGACAAGUAUAGGGAGUCUUUUGAAGAGUACAUUGUAUCGACGGUAUUGCCUUCUUUGAGAGAGAAGCAUGACGAAUUUAUGUUGAGAGAACUUGUGAAGAGAUGGGCAAACCAUAAAAUUAUGGUUCGAUGGCUUUCUCGGUUCUUUCACUAUUUGGAUCGCUACUUUAUUGCUCGGAGAUCACUUCCGCCCCUUAAUGAAGUUGGACUAACUUGCUUCCGUGAUUUGGUUUACAAGGAAGUAAACGGGAAAGUUAGAGAUGCAGUUAUUUCACUUAUUGAUCAAGAACGUGAGGGAGAACAGAUUGAUAGAGCUCUAUUAAAGAAUGUACUAGACAUAUUUGUUGAAAUUGGAAUGGGACAAAUGGAUCACUAUGAGAAUGAUUUUGAAACUGCCAUGCUCAAAGACACUUCUGCUUAUUAUUCUCGAAAGGCUUCAAACUGGAUCCUUGAAGAUUCUUGUCCUGAUUAUAUGCUCAAGGCUGAGGAGUGCUUAAAACGGGAGAAAGAUAGGGUUGCACAUUACUUGCACUCUAGUAGUGAACCAAAGUUAUUAGAGAAAGUUCAACAUGAACUGUUAUCUGUGUAUGCAAACCAACUCCUUGAGAAAGAGCACUCUGGAUGUCAUGCUUUACUUAGAGACGACAAGGUUGAAGACUUGUCAAGAAUGUUCAGGCUAUUCUCUAAAAUACCUCGAGGCUUGGAUCCUGUUUCCAGUAUAUUUAAGCUGCAUGUGACCACUGAAGGUAUGGCAUUGGUGAAGCAGGCUGAAGAUGCAGCUAGCAACAAAAAGGCAGAAAAAAAGGAUAUUGUUGGUCUUCAAGAGCAGGUUUUUGUUCGGAAAGUGAUUGAGCUGCAUGACAAGUACCUGGCAUAUGUGAAUGAUUGUUUCCAGAAUCACACUCUUUUUCACAAGGCUCUUAAAGAGGCUUUUGAGGUCUUCUGCAACAAAGGUGUUGCUGGAAGUUCAAGUGCAGAACUGCUUGCCUCCUUCUGUGAUAACAUUCUUAAGAAAGGAGGAAGUGAAAAAUUAAGUGAUGAAGCAAUUGAAGAGACUCUAGAAAAGGUGGUGAAGCUGCUUGCAUAUAUCAGUGACAAAGACUUGUUUGCUGAAUUCUAUAGGAAGAAGCUUGCUCGAAGACUUCUCUUUGACAAGAGUGCCAAUGAUGAUCACGAGAGAAGUAUUUUGACAAAAUUGAAGCAACAAUGUGGUGGACAGUUUACCUCAAAGAUGGAAGGAAUGGUUACGGAUUUGACAUUGGCAAAGGAGAAUCAAACGAGUUUUGAGGAGUAUUUAAGCAAUAAUCCCAAUGCAGACCCUGGUAUAGACUUGACAGUUACGGUUCUGACUACUGGCUUCUGGCCUAGUUACAAAUCUUUUGAUCUCAAUCUUCCUGCAGAAAUGAUUAGGUGUGUUGAAGUUUUCAAAGAAUUUUAUCAAACUAAAACAAAGCACAGAAAACUUACAUGGAUAUAUUCCUUGGGAACCUGUAAUAUAAGUGGGAAAUUUGAGCCAAAAACCGUGGAGCUGAUUGUUACAACCUACCAGGCUUCAGCAUUGCUGCUUUUUAACUUGUCAGAUAGACUGAGUUACUCAGAGAUAAUGACUCAAUUAAACUUAUCGGACGAUGAUGUUAUUAGACUGCUUCAUUCCUUGUCGUGUGCCAAGUACAAGAUUCUCAUCAAGGAGCCAAAUACAAAAACAAUAUCAUCCACUGAUUAUUUUGAAUUUAAUUCUAAAUUUACUGACAAAAUGAGAAGAAUCAAGAUUCCUCUCCCUCCCGUGGAUGAGAAGAAGAAAGUAAUUGAGGAUGUUGAUAAGGACAGAAGAUAUGCUAUCGAUGCCUCAAUUGUGCGUAUUAUGAAGAGUCGGAAAGUUUUGGGCUACCAACAAUUAGUCGUGGAGUGUGUUGAACAGUUGGGUCGCAUGUUUAAGCCUGACGUCAAGGCUAUUAAAAAGCGGAUAGAAGAUUUGAUUUCUCGAGACUAUUUGGAAAGAGACAAAGAUAAUGCUAACAUGUUCAAGUACUUGGCUUGACGUGGUCUAAAUGAUUUUGCAAAUGAAGUGGUUACUGCGAAAUGAAAAUGCUUGAACUUCUGCAAAUGAAAUGAGUUUUAUUUUUAAAGUUUCCUUGAAGGAGGAGCUGCGUGCUUGUAUAUUUUGCGUCCAUGUCCAGGUAUGGACAACUCCUGUAGAUGUGUGAUCAUGUUGGGAAAUUGUAAUCAAUUCCAUAAUCCAGCUCUCUGACACUUUCACCAUA